CAUAAAAAUGCAGAGCCCAACGAUGGAGUUCACUGUAUUCCACGCAUCUAGAUCUCUAGAUUCUUUCGACGGCUUUGGUAAAGUUCCAUCUAUGAAACCCGACUUCCUCUUCGCACGCAAGGCAUUCUCCAACCCUGAGGCCCAUUCAGCAUAAUUCUCGCCGGUGAUUUGUACCGGAGAUAUUGCUAUACCCGGAUUAUCAGACGCUGAUAACUCAUAUGGAGAGUACGAUUUGGUAUCCAACACGGUACCUGAUGCCAUCGUUAACUUGAAGGCUAAGAAAUUGUUUUUAAAUUUUAGAGGGUAGGCCCUGAUAUCAUGUAAAGUAACAAAGGAGAAGACCUCCAUAUAUACACACGUACAAUGACUCUAGAUAUACCCAAAUAAUAUGGACACUUAUCUAAAUAUACAUAUCAUUUAUCUCCAACAUAUUAGGAGACUUAUCUAGAACCUCCAGGAUUUAUCUCAACAUGCACUCACCAGGCAGAAUAAAACCAGCCAUCCAAAAGUUCACAAUUCUUAAGAGAGCCCGUUUUAUCAGCUGAAGCCUACCAUCCAGUGAUAAAAAUGUUUUUGUCCAGUGAGGGGUGCAGUUUCUUAUUUUCUUGAUCAAGGGACAGUAGUUUGACUUCCCGGACAGAGUGCAGUUUCCGAUCUCUACUAUUUGUGUCGUGCCUUUUCAGAUCUAAACAAAACAUAAGUGAUAAAUAUGAUCUAAACUAAAAACUAAUUUCAAUUGUAGACCUAAAAAAACAUAAGUGCUAAAUACAACGUCGUUUAUCUAAUUCAUGUCUAUAAUUCAAAUUAAUUUAGUUUAGGUCGUAUUUAGCACUUAUGUUUUGCUUGGGUGUGCAACACAAAUAGUAAAGGUUGAAAAAUGCCAUUUUCCCCUGACUUCCCCAUAUGCCUUGUAAGCAAAGGUAGACUAAGAUAGCGUACCAGUGACACUCCAGAGGCAAAAUGAAACCGAUGUUCUGUCUGAUGCAAAGUAUUUUCAGACAUGCCAGCACAAUAUAUAGUUGUCUUAUCCAUGAUUAUGUGCAGACCAUAGACUUUCCCGAAGUAAUCAAAUACCGCACAACAAUGCAUUAUAUUGACCUGAUUAUACCAUCAGUGAACACCAUAAUGUCAUCAGCAAAACUUAAUAAAUAUGUUAAGUCAAUAUUCUUACACUUCAGAUGGUAACCCAUAUUUCUUUCAUUUGCUGACUUAUCAAGAAGUUCUAACAAGACAUUCAUGCAAAUUACAAAUAGAUAGGGAGAUAGAGCAAAUCCUGUCACAAUUUUCUUGUGUUCUAUUUUAUUUAGAAAAUAUAGAUUAGAAAUGUAAUUUUACAAUCUUUAUCUAUCCCUCAUUCUCUUCACGAUGCAUUAAUGUUGCGAUUGGUUAUUCUAUUUUUGUCUAAUAAAUAUGAUACAGUAUAACUUAACAUAUGUACACUAUACAUACCACAAAAUUCACGCGUAGAAGGAGAAAUCAGUCAGUUUCCUUACCGAACUGUCACAUCAAAAGUACUAUUUUUUAUAUGGUUAGAUUUUAAAUUUUUUUCUCUAAUAUAGUCAUCUAGCUAAUUCAUCCAUAAUACAUAAUGGUAGCAUAAAAUGUUAUUCAAAAAUGUAUUAUGGUUUCAAAGUCAAAAGCUUUGAACUUUUCAAGAUAUGCCUACUCGCGGGUCAUCUUCUUUCACCUUCGUCUAUCUGCGUAUAUACAUAAAUACGUAUCUCAUGACUGCAAAUAAACCAAAAAAAAAUGAGGAAGAGGUCAAACAAAAUAUACAAUAUAAAAAACAGAUAAACCUGAGUUUGUUAAUUUUUAAUUUAGUCGACGUUAUACUAUAUUAGAUAGUGUUUACGGGGGAGAAAAUUUUCAAAGGGAAAGCUUUUUGUCCUGUGAGCUCUAAUGGCGGAUAAGGUGGACGAAAAAACGCUACAGCAGACUUCCACCUGGGCGGUCGCUGUGGUUUGCUUCUUCUUGCUUCUAUUUUCGAUUGUCAUUGAGAAACUGAUUCACAAACUUGGAACCUGGUUUAAGAUUAAGAACAAAAAAGCUCUGUACGAAGCUCUAGAAAAAGUGAAAGCAGAGCUUAUGCUGAUGGGAUUCAUAUCACUAUUGCUAACAAUUGGACAAAACUAUAUAUCGCAAAUUUGCGUCUCCGAGAGCAUCGCAGCAUCAAUGCACCCUUGCAGUGAAUCUGAAGAGGCGAAAAAGUAUCCACCUAAGAAAAAAGAUACCAAAAAUGCUGAAGAAAACUCUGGUCGAAAGCUUCAUGAGUUAGUCCAAUCUUACAUUCCUCGCCGGAGUUUGGCUACCAAAGGUUAUGACAAGUGUGCAGAGAAGGGAAAAGUCGCUUUUGUAUCGUCUUAUGGGAUGCAUCAGCUGCAUAUAUUUAUCUUCGUUCUCGCGGUUUGUCAUGUGAUCUACUGCGUUGUUACUUAUGCUCUAGGCAAGACCAAGAUGAGAAGGUGGAAGAGAUGGGAAGAGGAGACCAAGACAAUUGAAUAUCAGUAUUCUCACGAUCCUGAGAGGUUUAGGUUUGCGAGGGAUACAUCUUUCGGGCGUAGACAUUUGAAUUUCUGGAGCAAAUCAACUAUUACACUGUGGAUUGUAUGUUUCUUCCGACAGUUCUUUGGAUCUGUUACUAGAGUUGAUUACUUAACACUAAGACAUGGUUUCAUCAUGGCCCAUUUGGCUCCAGGGAGUGAUGGGAGGUUCGAUUUCCGGAAGUACAUUCAGAGAUCAUUAGAAGAAGACUUCAAAACCAUCGUCGAAAUCAGUCCUGUGAUUUGGUUUGUCGCCGUGCUAUUUCUCCUGACCAACACAAACGGAUUGCAUUCUUUCCUCUGGCAACCAUUCAUUCCAUUAGUUGUGAUUCUUAUAGUUGGGACAAAACUUCAAGUGAUAAUAACAAAACUUGGACUUUUAAUCCAAGAGAAAGGAGACAUAGUGAAGGGCAUGCCGCUUGUUCAGCCCGGUGAUCACCUCUUCUGGUUCGGUCGCCCACGUUUUAUUCUCUUCCUCAUUCACUUAGUCCUUUUCACGAAUGCGUUUCAACUAGCUUUUUUUGCCUGGACAACGUAUGAGUUCCAGCUCGAGAACUGUUACCACAAAACCAUUGUAGAUGUGGUCAUCAGAAUUUCAGUUGGAGUUAUUGUACAAAUUCUUUGCAGCUACGUUACUCUUCCUCUUUAUGCUCUAGUGACUCAGAUGGGUUCGAAGAUGAAACCUACAGUGUUCAACGAGAGAGUAGCAACAGCUUUAAAGAGUUGGCAUCACACAGCUAAGAAACAGAUCAAACAUGGAAGAACCUCAGGAUCAACGACGCCUUUCUCUAGCCGUCCAUCUACACCUACUCACGGUUCUUCUCCGAUCCAUCUCCUCCGCAACGUCCACAAACGAAGCAGAAGUGCGGAUGAAAGCUUUGCGAACACGCUGUCUCCAAGAAACUCUGACUUCGAUUCAUGGCGUCCUGAGCCUCAGCAAGAACCGUCUUCUUCUUCUGCAAAUCAUCAUUCUAGGUUCAGAGAAGAAGAUUCAGAAAAGAUGAAGCACUCUUCUUCAUCUUUGGAGCUUCCUCCUGGACCUGGACAAAUACGAACUCACCAGCAUGAGAUUAGUAUAAGCUUAAGGGAUUUUUCCUUUAAGGGAUGAUUUAUUUUCUCAAUGAUUAUUAGUGAUUUGUUAAUAUGUUUAUAAGUUUAUAUGCAAACAGUGUUAUUGUAUUUGUACAUUUCAGCUUAUUUAUGCAUAAUUACUGUUGUAAUGUUGUUAUAUAUUUGUCACUUUUCAGUUUU